UUUGGCACUUUGACGAUUCUUCCUAGCUGCAUCAGUUCAUAGACCAUGUUGAAGACUAUUUGGUGUUAUGGAUUCAUCUUAUAUAAAAAUGGAAAUAUUAGAACAAUGUUUUGAAAAUAUCAAUGGCUCUUGCUCAAGAACCCCACGUCGAUUUGCUGAACAGACUGCACUUUAUAUCACAUUGAUAUUAGGUGAUGCUCUCUGCAUCAGUGGAAACUUAAUGGUUAUCAUCUCAAUUUCUUACUUUAAACAGCUCCAUUCUCCUACGCAUUUCCUGGUACUGUCAUUAGCCUUUGCUGACUUUCUAAUUGGUGUUUUAGUACUCCCAUUUAGUAUCAUUAGAGCAGUUGAAUCCUGCUGGUAUUUUGGAGACACAUUUUGCUUGUUUCACAGUUCUGUGGAUGCAGCAUGCUCUUUGUCAUCUAUUUUUCAUCUUUGUUUUAUUUCCAUAGAACGUUACUUUGCAGUUAGUAACCCUUUGACUUACCACUUAAAAUUCACUACUUCAGUUUUAAACUUGCUAAUAUGUUUAGGUUGGCUCCUACCUAUUACUUAUGCAUUGGCAAUGCCAUACUCAAACACCUAUGCUGAUGAGCUUCAAGAUUUUAUGGCAGUUCUUCCAUGCAAAGGAAGUUGUCAGAUGCAGUUUAAUAACUUAUGGGCUGUAAUAAACUUGCUGAUUUAUUUAAUUCCAUUUUCUUUAAUGAUAGGGAUGUACACAAACGUUUUUAUCAUUGCAAGAAGGCAAGCUAGAUUGAUAGAGAGUAUAGCAGGAAAAACAGCCACAGUGAAAGAAUACAGCAGCGAAGUAGCAAAAAGAGAGAGAAAGGCUGCAAAAACAUUAGGUAUAGCAGUUGGUGCAUUUACAAUAUGUUGGAUGCCACUUAUGCUAGAUGUGACGGUGGAUACUAUUUUUAAUGUUACAACACCACUGACUGUAUAUCAAACCUUUUUCUGGAUUGCUUAUUUCAACUCAUCUUUGAAUCCAUUAAUCUAUGCUUUCUUUUUUCCCUGGUUUCGUGAAACGGUCAAACUUAUUGUUACCUGCAAGAUAAUAAGAUUUGAUUACUCAGACAGAAAUCUGUUUAAUGAAUAAUUUGCUGUCUUGUUCUAAAAUUGCUUCUUGUAAUAAGAUAAUGUUGUUCUUCACAUCAGUACAUGCUUCAGUAGACUGAAUGUCUUAUUGAGAUUUCAAGCAUCCAUUUUCUUUA